AAUUUGGUAUUCACGAAACUACCGUAAAUUCCGCACCCGUUAACGUUGCGGAAAAACUCCGUAAAACUUGCGUCUAUUUUACGGAAGGUUAUGACUAUCCGUAAACCUUCCGGAAGUGGGGCACUUGUUUUGAUAGUAUUUUAUUUAUUUAUUUAUUUUUAUUUUGUCAAUCGCAUUUUUGAUGUGAUAUAAAAAAAAACAUACUGUAAUGUUUAAUAUAUUUGGACGUAUUUUAAAAACAGCCAGCUGCCUCAUCUUUAAACAAUCCUUACCGUUUAAAUGACAUAUUAAUGAACAAUAUAGAAAACAUUGAGUUUUCAAAUUUCACAAGUCUAGAGUUUCCUUCACGAUAAUAUGGGAUUUGUAUGUCUUCAUUUUUCAAAAUUCGCUAAUAUAACGUCAUUUAUUACUGUUACGUUAUUUGUGACGUCAUUUUCAAUGCAAUGGCGUUUCAGAUAAUGUUCCAGCCUUCAAAUAACAGAGUAUCCAUUAGAAAAGAUAGGGUAUUUCGAGAUCGGUCACAUCCGUUAGAUAUCUACGAUGACGCUGAAUUGAUUCGACGGUACCGAAUGCCAAGACACUGCAUACUCGAUUUAAUAGAUACCCUAUCAACUGACUUAGAGCCUCCAACGAUGAGAUCUUACAGCAUCCCUGCAUCACUACAGAUAUUUGCAGCGCUCCGCUACUAUGCGACAGGCUCAUUUCAGCAGGUUAUCGGAGAUAUCUCUGGAUUGAGUCAACCAUCCGUUUCAAGAAUUAUUCAGAAAACUUCAAAAAUUUUAUCUCAACGAGCCAAUGAUUGCAUAAAGUUUCCCACCACCCCCGCAGCCCAAUUAGCGGUUAAACAAGGCUUCUCCUCAGAGUUUAACAUGCCCAACACUUUAGGAUGCGUGGAUGGGACUUUAAUUGCAAUAAAGCCGCCAACAGAGAGAGAAGAUGCAUACGUGUGCAGAAAGGGAUACCAUGCCAUCAACGUCCAGGGUGUGUGCGACAACCGGAAAAUACUUACCAACAUUAUUGUUCAAUGGCCAGGCAGCACACACGAUGCCUACAUUUGGGGUAAUAGCAGGUUGAGAGAAUGGUUGGAAGGCCAACCUUACAUUGGGCAUCUCCUGGGGGAUCAGGCGUACCCUUUAAAGCAAUACCUGAUGACACCGCUAAGGAAUCCCCACACGCAGGCUGACCGUGCCUUCAAUGCUGCCCAUAAAAAGGCCCGACAGAGGAUUGAGGACACAUUUGGGCGGUGGAAGAGCAGAUGGAUGUGCAUACACAAAUAUGGCGGUCCAUUGACUGUAGCACUUCCCACAGCUGUGGACGUGAUUACCUCAACUGCAGUACUCCACAACAUAUGUGAGGAGCAGGGAGUCCCGGUUGAAGUUCUACAGGAGGGCGAUGAUAUUGAUGACAGGGUGGACAACGUCGUGCAGGAUCAAAGUGGGCAGCAAAUCAGAGCCAUGAUCAUCAGAGAUAGGUUUUAGAUUUUUAAGAAGAUUAAAAUCGAAUGCAAUGGAAACAGUUUUAGUUUAAAUAACAACAAUUACACAGUGAAGAUCUUUCGAAGUGUAUUUCAUUUACCAUGUACGUCUUUUAUGCUUUUUUGUUCUAAUAAAUAAU